AGACAACCUCUUGAAGAGGAACUUUUCGCCCGUUUGCAGAAGAAUGGUGUUUAAAUAAUAUCCUGACUUUCUUCUGAUUCAGCCAAUCAUGGAGCAAAGUGUGACGUUGGAGAUGGCAUCAUGAGAUGUGCGCCGGAGGAAUGGUAUAAAAGAAGCUUCUCAAUGAAGUCUCCAGUUCAGUCGAAGCCGAGGACGCCUGUUGUGCAGAGUGAAAAGUGUUGGCAAUCAUUAGAAGAAGCGUUUAAAAAGAAUCCUUUUUGAGCAGUUGAGUGUGCAAUGAGUGGGUCCGGUAAGGGGCUUCUAGGGCUAUGGCUCUAUCGCAGUGGGGAACAGGAGUGGGCAGUUAAGGAGGGCAGUCCGCUGCAUCGACGACGGGAUUUUGCCAAGAAGGAAUCCAGUGGAAAUUCCUCAUCUCCUGGAGACAGGACAUCCAUCAUGUUCACGCUGAAAAAUCAAGUGGGAGGCCUCGCGAGAGCCCUUCAGGUUUUCCAGGAACUCGGUAUCAAUGUCCUCCACAUUGAGUUGCAGAACAAGGAUGCGGUUAAGGAGCAGGCAGAUGUCCUUGUGGACAUUGAGUGCGAUUCCAAGCAUCUCGAUCACGUAAUCAGGAUGCUAAAGAGGGAAGUUCAAUCUGUAAAUCAGAUAAAUCAGACUUCUGAGGAGUUUCCUCCGCCGACGCCCCUUUCAGCCUGCACCAGCUUCGAUUUUGGCGAGAUGCACUGGUUCCCAAGAAAGAUUUCCGACUUGGAUAAGGCGCAGAAUGUGCUAAUGUAUGGCUCAGAUUUGGAUGCGGAUCACCCGGGAUUCAAGGACCCUGUUUACAGAAAAAGACGCGAACAAUUUUCUGCCAUUGCUCAAGCUUACAAGUAUGGCAACCCUAUUCCAAAGGUGCAAUACACUGAAGAAGAGAUCCGAACAUGGGGAACGGUCUUCCGGGAACUCCAUAAACUUUAUGUACUCCACGCUGUCCCCGAGUAUAUGGAAAAUUGGCCGGCCCUAGUAAAAUAUUGCGGUUAUCGCGAGGAUAAUUUGCCUCAGUUGCAGGAUGUGAGCACUUUCCUUAAGCGCAAAACCGGAUUUCAGCUAAGGCCUGUGGCUGGAUACCUUAGUCCAAGGGACUUUCUGUCAGGACUGGCUUUCAGAGUUUUCCACUGCACUCAGUACAUCCGGCAUUCUUCAGAUCCUUUCUACACACCCGAACCCGAUUGCUGUCAUGAGCUGCUGGGACAUAUGCCCUUGCUGGCUUGUGCUAGCUUCGCACAGUUUUCGCAAGAGAUCGGCCUAGCUUCCUUGGGAGCAUCUGAUGAGGACAUCGACAAAUUAGCAACGCUAUACUUCUUCACGGUCGAAUUUGGACUUUGUCGCCAACCUGACAAUUCUUUUAAGGUCUUCGGAGCUGGCUUGCUAUCAUCCGUUGCCGAAUUGAAACAUGCGAUUUCGACACCAGAGAAGAUCAAGCGUUUCGAUCCCGAUGAAACAAUCCGUGAAGAAUGUAUAAUAACUUCCUAUCAGAAUGCUUACUACUACACGGAUUCAUUUGAAGAGGCUAAAGAGAAAAUGCGCACUUUUGCCGAAACCAUUCAACGUCCUUUUGGAGUUCGCUACAAUCCCUACACACAGAGCGUUGAUGUACUUUCUAAUGCCCAGAAGAUUACAGCGCUUAUCAGUGAACUUCGAGGAGAUAUCAGCAUCGUUUCUUCAGCAUUACGCAAAAUUUCAGCACAAGAUGCUAACCUAGAUGUUCAAUCCAUCGCUGAGAUGCUGCACACUAACAUUAAUGUGUCUGAGAAAAGUCCAAUGAUCAGUCCGGACAGGAGUUCUGACAGCUCUCAGGAGGAGAAAAUGACCAAAAACCUAGGCAAACGCCUUCAGUUGGACAAUAAUGAAGAGAUUGCGGACAAAUAGACCAAAAUAUUUGACCAAAAUUAUGUUUUUGUGAACAUUUAUCUGUUGUAAACAUGCGUAGUUGAUCAAUAAAGACAAUAUUGUCAGCAUUUAAGGA